UGGAGUUUCUCUGUCUCAUUCAUUUCUCCUGUUUACAGAGUGUAAAGAAGAGGUUCCCCCUGAGCAGCUUCAGUGGACCCCCACUCUGGAGUUUGAGUCCUCACACAUUAAGGAGGAACAGGAGGAACUCUGGACCAAUCAGCAGGGAGAGCAGCUUCAGGAUAUCACCAAGGUGCUGUUCAGCGCUGUCCCUGUGAAGAGUGAGGAUGAUGAAGAGGAAGUUGAGUGGAACAGAGACGCCCACCACUCCACUGGACAGAUGGAAGCAGAAGAUGGUGAAGAGGAACGAGCCAGGAACCCAGAACCCUCCUCUGAGGCUGAGACUGAGGACAGUGAUGACUGGGAUGAGACCAGAGAAGCUCAGUCACGUUCAAACCCACUGAGUGAAGUCCCUCUCAGUCAUGACAGUCCUGAUGUGGGAGAGAAACCAGCUUCCUGCUCCAAGACCACGAACACAGGAGAGAGUACAUUCCCCUGCUUACUCUGUGGUAUACAGUAUUCCAAUAAACGAAAACUCAACAGACACAUGAGAAUCCACACUGGAGAGAAACCGUUCCCCUGCUCACUCUGUGGUACAGCGUUUGCAGAGAAUGGAAACCUCGAGGUACACAUGAGAAACCACACUGGAGAGAAACCGUUCCCCUGCUCAGUCUGUGGUAAACAGUUUACCAAGAAAGGAAAACUCAACUCACAUAUGAUAAUCCACACUGGAGAGAAACCAUUCGUCUGCUCACUCUGUGGUACAGCAUUUGCAUUUAAAGGAACCCUCAAGCAACACAUGAGAAAUCACACUGGAGAGAAACCGUUCCCCUGCUCACUCUGUGGUAAAGGGUUUGCACAGAAAGGAACCCUCGCGGUACACAUGAGAACCCACACUGGAGAGAAACUGUUCCCCUGCUCAGUCUGUGGUAAACCGUUUACCAGGAAAGGAAAACUCAACUCACACAUGAGAAUCCACACUGGAGAGAAACCAUUCGUCUGCUCACUCUGUGGUACAGCGUUUGCAGAGAAAGGAACCCUCAACAGACACAUGAGAAUCCACACUGGAGAGAAACCGUUCCCCUGCUCACUCUGUGGUACAGCGUUUGCAGAGAAAGGAAACCUCGAGCUACACAUGAGAAUCCACACUGGAGAGAAACCAUUCGUCUGCUCACUCUGUGGUAAAGGGUUUGCAAAGAAAGCAAACCUCGAGCUACACAUGAGAAACCACACUGGAGAGAAACCAUUCGUCUGCUCACUCUGUGGUAAAGGGUUUACUGAGAAAGGAACCCUCAACAAACACAUGAGAACCCACACUGGAGAGAAACCAUUUGUCUGCUCACUCUGUGGUACAGCGUUUGCACAUAAAGGAUCCCUCAAUCGACACAUGAGAAUCCACACUGGAGAGAACCUGUAGAGAUGCAGUCCUCUGUGUGUGUGUGUGUGUGUGUGUGUGUGUGUGUGUGUGGGAGAAGCUUCAUCGAGCAUCAUACAGAUGUAAGCAAACACGUGUGUGUCAGUGAGAGCAGCAGCAGGAGAUGCUUCAGAGUCAAUGCUGAUGUUAGAGAUGCAGCACAUCCCAACACAUUUUGUUACAUAUGUUUUGUUCAUACAGAGAGAAUUCGAG